AUGAGUUAAAAGUAUAAAAAAAAUCUCAACUCGGACGUUGGUCCAUGUUUAAUUGGUAUAAACUUUGGAAGAAAUUUUGGUAGUAGUUUUGUUAAUAAAAGAGCUAAGAUGAUGAUUGUAAGAAUAAAUAAAAAAUUAAAAGGAUUGUUUGAGAGCUUUAAGAAAUUAAAGUAAAAACUAAAGUGGAUUGUCAUAGAUAAUGAUUUUAAGCACUUUAAAUUUGAAUAUGAAAAUUGUAUUAUAGUUGGCAUAUGGGUGAAAAUGAAGAUAGAUUAAUAUAAAAUUAGAGAAGGUUUGAAAAGGUAGAAGAGAUUAAUAUGGUGA